AUGAAGACACAACCACCCACCAAAUCCUCCUCCCAAGACAUCUGGCAUAAACCACCACUCGCAUCAAGCAGCAAUGGCGAAUAUGUAAUCUACAUGCUGCCCGGAAACCCAUGCAUCAUGACAUACUACCAACCGUUUCUAUCGACCCUCUUCACAUCCAUCAACGCCGCACUAUCUCCCCGCCACAUGUCAGCUCACGUCGGCGGAUACACACCUCCGGGCUUCAGAGUGUCGCCCGGCCAUAUCUCAGAAGUCAAAUUACCUGCGUCACUGCAAGAUCAGAUAGGAUAUGCCAAAAAGCUCAUCGACGCCGCGAUCAAACAACAUAUUAAAAGUGCUUCACGGCCAAAGCUAAUCCUAGUCGCGCACUCAAUUGGCACAUACAUGGCACUCGAGAUAUUGCGACGGUAUAAAGAUGGCCACAGUACUCUGGCUCAUGCCGACAUAAUCGGAGCUGUAUUGCUAUGUCCGACCAUCAUUCAAAUGGCAGAUGCGGAGAACGAGGGAGUAGCUGAUUAUUUCUUCCGAAUCCCAGGAUUUCCAACGAUUUUGGGUGCGCUUGUAAAGAUACCGACUUUCCCGCUUUCUUUAUCGGUGAUCUCUUGGAUCGCGUGUAAGGUUGGGAACGCGCCGCAUGUUGCGCAGGCGUUUGCGGAAUUUGUCAAAGGGCCGCAUGCGGUGAGGCAAACGAUGCAUUUGCUGAGAGACUCGUGUCAAGAGGUUGGAGAAGAUAAGUGGACGGAGAAGAUUUGGGGUGCGGCUAAUCAAGCGGAGAAUGAGGCUGUGCCGCUGAAGUUAUACUUCGCUGAGAAUGAUGGAUGGGUGUCAAGGAGUGCUAGGGAUGCUUUGAUUGCGUCGAGAGGAAGGACAGAGGAUUGUCCAUGGAAGCCUGAGAUGAUUGUUGAUGGGAAUGGGAUUGGUCAUGGGUUUAAUGAAGACCUCGAUCAUAGUCACCUAGUUGCCGAGAAGGUGGCUAGAAUGAUCGAGGAAUUCAUUGAGCACGACACUAACAAGAAGCAUCAUUGA